UCGACUCAAUUGAACGAAAACAUCCUUAGACUGAACAUGGCGAAUGUAGUGCUCGAGUUCAAGGCUUCUGUCGGUGAUUUAGACCCACAAAGUUGCCCACUGCUCAUAAUUGGGCAGCUCGGGUACUUGCAACAAAUAAACUGGACUCAAGUUAAAGGGAAACUGCUGCCGGUGGUGACCAAAGAGACAUGGCAAUUGGCUUUGAGCAGUCUCAAUCCCAACCCUACAGACAGUUGCCCACUGUAUCUGAAUUAUGCGAGUGUGGCAGCACUGCCCUCCCGUGUAAGCCGUCACAACAGUCCAUCCUCUGCCCACUUUCUUACUCGGUUGGUUCGCACCUGCCUGCCUGCUGGCAACAAUCGCUGCAUCCUGAUGCUGUGUGAACUCUCUGAUGUGUUUGCAUCAGCGUGUGCCAUUGCCCGUGCUUUCCCACUCUUUUCUCGCCGCUCUGCCUCAUGCACAAUGGAGAAGAAGCGUGUCACUGUGGAGUUUGUCAUUGUUGGCCAGGAAACUAACCAUUUGGAUCCUUCCAUGUUGGAGUCUCUUAACAACGUGGCUGAUGGUGUUCGUCUGGCAGCACGAAUUGUGGACACUCCUUGCAAUGAGAUGAAUACUGAUCAUUUUCUGGAGGAGAUCAAAGCUGUGGGAAAUGAACUGAGCAUCACCCCGACUAUUAUUCGGGGCAAGGAAUUAAAACAAAGAGGCUUUGGAGGCAUUUAUGGUGUUGGUAAAGCAGCUGAACACCCACCUGCUCUGGCUGUGCUUAGUCACACCCCCUCAGGUGCCACUCAGACCAUUGCAUGGAUUGGCAAGGGCAUUGUAUACGACACAGGUGGCCUUAGCAUUAAAAGCAAAAGCACUAUGCCAGGCAUGAAGAGAGACUGUGGUGGAGCAGCUGCUAUUUUAGGAGCUUUUAAAGCCACUGUCAAGCAGGGAUUUAAGGAUAACCUCCAUGCAGUGUUCUGCCUGGCUGAGAACGCUGUGGGACCUACAGCCACCAGGCCUGAUGAUAUCCACACACUGUAUUCUGGAAAGACAGUGGAAAUAAAUAACACUGAUGCAGAAGGAAGGUUGGUUCUAUCUGAUGGUGUGGUAUAUGCCAGUAAAGAUCUCUCUGCUGAUAUUAUCCUGGAUAUCGCAACUCUGACUGGAGGUCAGGGAAUCUCCACUGGAAAAUACCAUGCUGCUAUUAUGACCAAUAGUGAGCAGUGGGAGACGGCAUGUGUGAGAGCAGGCCGCAGCAGUGGGGAUCUCACACAUCCUCUUGUCUACUGCCCCGAACUCCACUUCAGUGAGUUCACCUCUGCAGUUGCUGACAUGAAGAACUCUGUAGCGGAUCGUGAGAAUGCUCAGAGCUCCUGUGCCGGUCUCUUUAUCGGCUCUCACUUGGGUUUUGACUGGCCUGGGGUUUGGGUACAUGUGGAUAUUGCCUCACCAGUGCACUCUGGUGAACGAGCUACAGGUUUUGGAGUAGCUCUGCUUUUGGCUCUGUUUGGUCAGGCAUCUGAAGACCCGCUUCUCAAUAUGGUGUCUCCACUGAGCAUCACUGAUGCAAAUGCUUCCUCAGGAGACCAGAUGGAGAGAGACAGCAAAAGGAGAAGAUUAGUCUGAAGGGAACCUCAGUCCGCUCUAGUUUCUAUAUUCUGAAACCAGUUCAAAGCAGCAACAUAAUAUUAAGUGGAUAAAUACUAAAACUCUCAUUUGUUUGACGAUCAAGCACUCGCAAUCUAAACAUUACUGUUUUUAUUCACCUUUAUUAGACAUAAGAGCACAAGACAUAAUGAUGUAUGGAAUAAAAUUAAGGUAUCGAAAUAAAUUUGUCAUGGGAACGUU